AUGUCGAAUGUGUCUUACCACAUCUCCAACUUGUUGGAGAAAAUGACAUCUACUGACAAAGACUUUAGGUUCAUGGCCACCAACGACCUGAUGCUGGAGCUGCAGAAGGACAGCAUUAAACUGGACGAGGACAGUGAGAGGAAGGUGGUGACCAUGCUGCUCAAACUGCUGGAGGACAAGAACGGGGAGGUGCAGAAUCUGGCAGUGAAAUGCCUGGCUCCUCUGGUGAGUAAAGUGAAGGAACCUCAGGUGGAGACGAUGGUGGACACGCUGUGUUCAAACAUGAUGUCAGACAAAGAGCAGCUGAGAGACAUUUCCAGCAUGGGACUGAAGACUGUGAUCGCUGAGCUGCCGCUGACUUCAUCAGGUUUGAACCUGACAGCCAGUGUGUGUAAGAAGAUCACCUCCCAGCUGAUUGGUGCUAUGGGGAAACAUGAAGACGUGUCGGUUCAGUUAGAGGCUCUGGACAUCCUGUCGGACAUGUUGGGAAGGCUGAGUGGUGCUCUGGUCGGCUUUCACAGCUCUCUGCUCUCCAGCCUGCUGCCUCAGUUAACCAGCUCCAGGAUGGCGGUCAGGAAGCGCUCCAUCUUGGCCCUCGGUCACCUGGUGCCCUGCUGUAGCCCCGCCCUCUUCUCCCAGCUGACUGAACACCUGUUGACAGAGUUGGCCAAGGGCCCGCCCACAUCGAUGACGAGGACGUACAUCCAGUGCCUGGCAACCAUCAGCCGUCAGGGCGGCCAUCGAGUCGGUGAACACUUAGAGAAGCUGAUCCCCAUGGUGGUGAAGUUCACCAGUGUGGAGGACGACGAGCUGAGAGAAUAUUGUUUCCAGGCGUUUGAAGCUUUUAUACGCAGGUGUCCAAAGGAGAUGUCCCCCCAUGUUGCCACGGUAACAAAGCUUUGCCUUAAGUUCAUGACCUUUGACCCAAACUACAACUAUGAUGACGAUGAGGAGGAGCAAGAGGACAGCAUGGACAUCGAGGACGGACUCGAUGAAGAGUCAGACGACGAGUACAGUGACGAUGACGAUAUGAGCUGGAAGGUGCGGCGCUCCUCCAUCAAGUGUCUGGAUGCUUUGAUCAGCACGAGACGGGACCUCCUCCUCUCCUUCUACUCCUCCGUCUGCCCCGCCCUGCUGGCCCGGUUUAAGGAGCGCGAGGAGAACGUGAGGGCCGACGUCUUUGCUGCCUUUUCUAUGCUGCUGAGGCAAACACGAGUGGGGUCGAGUCACCACGGCCUCGUCGUGGCCGGCUCGGACUCUGAGCCGAGCAAAGAGGAGGAGCCAGCUGUCACCAUGCUGAAGAAACAGGUGCCAGUGAUAGUGAAGGCUCUCCACAGACAGCUGAAGGAGAAGAGCAUCAAGUCUCGACAGGGCUGCUUCUGUCUCCUCACUGAGCUGGCUCACACUGUGCCGGGAGCCCUGGAGCAACACAUACCUGCUCUAAUACCUGGCAUCGUCUUCUCCCUGACAGAUAAAUCCACCUCCUCCACCAUGAGGAUCGAUGCUCUCACCUUCUUCCACGUCCUCCUCCUCUCCCACCCUCCUCAAGCCUUUCAGCCACACAUGCAGGUGCUGCUGCCUCCGGUGGUGGCCUGUGUAGAGGACAGUUUCUAUAAGAUCACCUCCGAGGCCCUGCUGGUGGCUCAGCAGCUGGUCAGGGUGAUGAGGCCGCAGGGACAGACGGGAGGAUUUGACCCCAAACCAUUUGUCAAAGAGGUGUUUUCUGUAACCCUGAAGAGGCUGAAAGCAACAGACAUCGACCAGGAAGUGAAAGAGAGGGCUAUUACCUGUAUGGGUCACAUGGUUUGUCACCUUGGCGACCACCUGCGGGCGGAGCUGCAGGGUGUUUUGGCGAUUUUCCUGGAGAGGUUAAAGAAUGAGAUCACCAGACUGACAGCAGUUCGGACCAUCACCCUCAUCUCUGCUUCCUCAUUAAAGAUCGACUUGUCGUCCAUCCUGCCUGAAGCUCUGACCGUGUUGGGAUCUUUCUUGAGGAAGAACCAGCGUGCUCUGAAGCUCGGCACGCUGGCGUGUCUGAACGCUCUGGUCACGCAUCACGCUGCCAGCAUCAAACCUGCAGCGCUGGAUCCUGUGCUGAGUGAACUUCCUGCUCUGGUGGACGAGAGCGACAUGCACGUGUCACAGGUGUCCGUCACCUUGAUGACCUGCAUGGCUAAAGCCUGCCCGUCCUCUCUGGCUAAGAUCAGCUCCUCUGUGCUGCCGGGAGUCUUCAGACUCGUCCACUCUCCGCUGCUGCAGGGAAGUGUGCUGGCAGCCAUUGUGGACUUCCUACAGGCACUGGUGCUGUCCAAAACCAGUAACCUGGGCUACAGUCAGUUGCUGAAGUCUCUCACAGAUCCGUUCCACAGCUCCCAGGCGGACGCUGCAGUCAUCCACAGACAGUCGUAUCACUCCGUCGCUCGCUGUGUGGCUGCUCUGUCCUCCGCCUGCCCCAAAGAAACACCGGCCACCGUGGCCGGCCUCAUGAAGGAGGUGAAGAGUCCUGGUUCUCCAGAGUCGGCUCGAGUCCUGGCUCUGUUGUGUCUGGGGGAGGUGGGGAGGACCGGUAGCCUGGGAGGAAGCAAGGAGGUGCAGGGAGUCAUCCUGGAGGCCAUCUCCUCCACCAAUGAGGAGGUGAAGACGGCAGCGUCCUGCGCUUUAGGCAGCAUGGCGGUCGGCAGCCUGAACGACUACCUGCCCUUCCUGCUGAAGGAGAUCUCCUCCCAGCCACGGAGACAAUACCUGCUCCUCCACUCCCUCAAAGAAGUCAUCAGCGCCUGUCCAGCCUCUAGUCUCUCGCCCCAUGUGGAGUCUAUCUGGGCUUUGCUGUUUCAGAACUGCGAGUGUCAGGAGGAGGGAACCAGGAACCUGGUGGCUGAAUGUUUGGGAAAACUGACCUUUGUCAACGCUUCCCAACUGUUACCCAGACUUAAACAGCAACUUAAAGCUGGUUCUCCUCUGGCUCGCAGCACAGUGGUGACUGCUAUUAAGUUCACUAUUGUUGAUCAUCCUGCUCCCAUAGAUUCACUGCUGAAGGACUGCAUCGGUGACUUCCUGAAGACGCUGCAGGAUGGGGACAUCAACGUGCGCCGUGUCGCCUUGGUGAUGUUCAACUCAGCAGCUCAUAACAAGCCAUCUCUGAUCCGUGGUCUCCUAGCAACAGUGCUGCCUCACCUCUACAAGGAGACCCAGAUCAGGAAGGACCUCAUCAGAGAGGUGGAGAUGGGUCCGUUCAAACACACAGUGGACGACGGUCUGGAUGUGCGUAAAGCGGCGUUCGAGUGCAUGUACACUCUGCUGGACAGCUGCCUGGAGGGGCUGGACGUCCUGCAGUUCCUCGACCACGUAGAGGAAGGACUCAAAGAUCACUAUGACAUCAGGAUGUUGACCUUCUUGAUGCUAGCUAGACUGGCCUCUCUGUGUCCUGCUGCGGUUCUUCAGAGACUGGACAGACUGAUAGAACCACUUAAAGCUACCUGCACUACCAAGGUGAAGGCCGGUUCUGUGAAGCAGGAGUUCGAGAAGCAGGAGGAGUUGCGGCGCUCGGCCAUGCGAGCUGUCGCAGCGCUGCUGGCUGUGCCCGAGGUGGAGAGAAGCCCCAGCAUGGCCGACUUCGCCAACCAGAUCAGAACCAACGCUGACAUGGCGUCCAUCUACCAGAGCAUUCAGGGAGGGGAGGGGGAGGGCUUAGGCCCCGCAGAGAGCAUGGACAUGAGUUAGACUCUUUUAUUAAGAUGGUUUUUAUAGACAGGGUUUAGAUACAGAAAGCUCUGGUUGUUCUGAAGAGAACAAAACAGAACGUUAAUGUUUAAAUUUUCAAUGCAAUCUGCUUUAUUUUGAAUACUUUAGUAUGAAUUCCCUCUGUUGCAAAAAUACAUUAAAUGACAGACUUGUGGUGAACUCACUGAAAUCUGUCUGAGGUUUGAUUCAGCUCACUUCAGCAUAUUUGUGCAGUUCAUGUCUGAUGUACUGAUGGAUCUGAUAUGUUGUGCCACUUCCUUUAAAUCAUCACACAAAAUCUGCCGGUUUGUCCUUCCUUCCAGUCAAGACGCAAACACAACAUCACCACAAACAUCUUAAUCUUUUCUCUAGAAAGGAAAUGUGGACAGUGAGUUUUACUCAGAGGCGUUUCAAAACAACGUCAAGCAAUAAGUGACAUGUAAAUUAUAUUAAAAAAGUUCCUUAUUUUAAGCCAUACAACUUCACAAAUGUUUUCUAUACAAUUGAUAAAAUGAAAUGUUUGGCCUUAUCUUGUCCAUUUUGAAUUAUAUCAAUACAAAAUGAAA